AUGUCCGCCAAAAAGAUCGAGCAAUGGGAGAUUGAGCGAUACUGGGAGAUCUUCGCCUCCCUCUCAAACGGACAAGCGCACCUAAACAGCUCCCAAGCUGCCUCCGUGCUGCGCAACAGUCGUCUCCGCGAUGACCAGCUCGAGAAGGUCUGGGACAUUGCAGAUGUCGAUGGCGAUGGCGAGCUAGACUUUGAGGAGUUCUGCGUCGCUAUGCGUCUGGUGUUUGAUCUUGUCAAUGGCGAGCUCCAAGAGGUUCCGCAUACAUUGCCGGAUUGGCUUGUUCCAGAAUCAAAGUCACAUCUUGUUCAUGCUACACAUGCUUUGAGUGGAAGGCAGGAACAAUUUGAGCGUAUAGAAGAUGAGGAUGAUACGCCUGGUUUGAAGGAUGGGUUUGAUUGGUACAUGAAGCCGGGUGAUCGGUCGAAGUACGAGGAAAUCUACAAUUCUAGCCGGAAUGAUCGUGGCCAGAUUACCUUUGACUCUCUAAGCGCCCUCUACGACUCCCUCGAUGUCCCCGAUACCGAUAUCCGCUCCGCAUGGAACCUUGUGAACCCCUCCGCCGGACAAGCGGUUAACAAAGAUGCCGCGCUCGCAUUCCUCCAUAUCCUGAACUAUCGCCAUGAAGGAUUCCGUAUCCCGCGAUCUAUUCCUGCCUCGCUCCGUUCCUCAUUCGAGAGUAACCAGAUCGAUUACCAAAUUGAUAAUAACUCGCGACCUGCGCAGCGAUGGGCUGGAGAAGGAAACACCGAGACGACGAGUGGUCGCAAAGCGAAAUUCGGCGAUACAUAUCUGAGUCGACUUGGUGUUGGCGGGAAAGGAUCGUAUCAGCCUAAGGGGACGGAUUUCAGUGAGACGGUCCAGGAUGAGGAGUGGGAGAAGGUGCGGUUGCGAAGAGAGUUAACGGAGAUUGAGGAACGUUUGAAAUCUGCUAGUCAGGCUAGUGAGAAUCGAAGGGAUGGGCCGAGGAAUGACGGGGGGCCGAAUUGGGUUCUUAUUAAGAAGGAGGCGUUGCAGCUUUUGGAGUAUAAGGAGAGAGAAUUGAGGGAGUUAAGGGAGGGGGUUGGAAGAUCGAAGGAGGGGCAGGAUUUGGAACGUUCGAGGGAUGAUGUUAAGACUGUGGGAGAUCAGGUUGAGGGGUUGAAGAACCAUUUGGCGCAACGGAGGGGUGUACUUGCGGAUUUGAAGGGGCAGAUUGAGGAUGAGAGAGCUCGGCGAUGA